CCAACUAGGGCCUGCAGAGCCCUUCCUCUCCUUUUCCUCCUUUUCUGAACGGCUCUGCAAAAUUCCCCACCCUUCCCUCCUCUCAUGCCCCUUGUUCCUACCGACAGUCUCCGUUCAAAUCUUCGCCUCUUCUUGCCGAGCUAUUACCACCGCUUCCUAGCUGGCCUCCCCUACCCGCAGUCCUGACUCCCUCCCAUCCAAGUCCUGUCCUCGGGACAAAAGGCGAUCGCUUCGCACACACCCCUCCUUCUCAAACACCUUCCAGGCUCCCGCUCUCUCCUGGGAGACUCUGCUCUCCUCGGCGGGGAACGCGAGGCCCUGCUCAGGAGCCCUGCCAUUCUCGACCCUGAAGUCCACGUUCCGGCCGCUCUGAACCACCGGCAAGGCUCAGGCGCGAUCCGGUCCACCGCAUCUCCCGGCAGGACGCCCGCCUGCCCGCAACGUCCUCCCUCCGGGGUCACCCGGCUGCUCGCGCUCCCGAGGAGGCAGUGCUCGGAGUCCCCGGCCCGCUCUGUGCCUCCGUCUCGUCAGGCAGCACCGCCGCACUUGGGUCACCGGUCCGGUCCCACCUGCGUGCUCCCCGCCGCGCCUGAGGACUCCGCGCCCGGCCCCGGGCCCCGACCGCCAGCCCCCGACCCACGACCUCCGACCCCAACCCUCGGCCCCAGCAGCGCCUCGCCGCCCCCCAGCCCCGGAUGCCCAAGAGCGGCCGAGAGGAAGGCGAGCCGCGGGCCACCUACCAUUCUCCCCGCGCUCCCCAGCUUGUCGCCGGCCCCGGCCGUCUGCGCAGGCGCCCCGGCCCAGCCGCGCCAUCCCCGUCCCUGUCCUCAGCCCCCGGGACACCCGCCCAGGGAGGCAGCGACAGGUCAGGCCAGGCCGGCGGGACUCCAAUUCCCGGCGUGCACUGCGCCGCCCGGGGCCGCCGGGAUGCAGGCCCUGCUGCGCCUCCGACUCCCGGCGUGCACCGCGCCGCCCUGGGGUGGACAGAACGCACACCCCGCCUCUUUAAAGGGGCCGUGACUCCCUCUCGGCCGCGUCGGCUCAGAGGGCGUUCGAGAGAGCUCUGUGGGCCUCCUGGGCCCUCCCCGUGCCCGACCCCGUCCUCGUCCUCGUCCCCGCCCCGGGGGCGGCCCCGCCGCCUGGGAAGGGAUGCGGAUAAGCGGCGUCCCGGUCCUCCCCUCUGGAAAGCCGGACCCAGGACGCGGCGCGGCCGGAACGUCCGGGUGUCAGGCGGCCCCGCCGGGUCCCCUGAAAAGGACGCACGACGUGAGCCUCGAGUUUCCGCGUGAUUCGGGGACAGCCCCUCAUCCAGCUCCGGGGAGCCGCUCCGAGGAGGGGGGCCUCGUGGAGGGUCGCUGCCUGUCACGGGGACAGAGGCCCUGCACCCGCUAACCCUGAUCCCGCCCCACCCAAGCGGCUCGCUCUGGAGUUCCUGCCUGGAGCUCCCAUACCAGCUGAAAAUGCGUAUCUCAAAUGCGAGCCCGACUUAGCAGGAAUCUUUGGACUGCCUUGCCCUGUCCCUAAAAUUGGAUCAUGAAGGUACUGGGGAAGAGCCACCUCUGGAUGUGGCUCCCGUUCCUUCACCUGCUGGCCAGCGGUGCGGAGCACGAAGAGGCAGUGAGACACGCCAUCGAGUGGCACCGGGGCCAAGGGGCAGCCGUCACCCAGAGGAGACAGUGGGUCCUGGACGGUUGCAGAAAGCUCUCUGGGCUUCUUCGCCAAAAGGCUGUGGUUCUUAACAAACUCAAAAGUGCAGUCAGAGCAGUGGAAAAAGACGCCAGCCUUUCGGACGAGGAGAAGCUGUUUCAGGUGCACAUGUUUGAAAUUUUCCAGAAAGAGCUGAAUGAAAGUGAAAACUCCGUCUUCCAGGCCAUCCACGGACUCCAGAGGGCCCUGCAGGGCGACUACAGGGACGUGGUCAACGUGAAGGAGAGCAGCAGGCAGCGCCUGGAGGCCCUGCGGAAGGCAGCCAUCAAGGAAGAGACAGAAUAUGUGGAACUUCUGGCAGCAGAAAAACAUCAAGUUGAAGCUCUUAAAAACAUGCAGCAUCGGAACAAAAGUUUAUCGCUCCUGGAUGAAAUUCUUGAGGACGUGAGGAAGGCGGCAGACCGUCUGGAGAAGGAGACAGAGGAGCGCGCUUUCGAUGACAAUAAGUCAGUCAGAGGGGUGAACUUUGAGGCAGUUCUGCGGGUGGAAGAGGAAGAGGCCAGCUCCAAGCAGAACCUCACGAAGCAGGAGGUGGAGGAGGAUCUGGGCCUGAGCAUGCUCAUCGACUCCCAGAAUAACCAGUACAUCCUGACCAAGCCCAGGGACGCCACCAUCCCGCGGGCAGACCCCCACCUCAUAAAGGACAUCGUCACCAUAGGGAUGUUGUCCUUACCGUGCGGCUGGCUCUGCACAAUGAUAGGACUGCCGACCAUGUUUGGUUACAUCAUCUGCGGUGUGCUCCUGGGGCCCUCCGGACUCAACAGUAUUAAGUCAGUUGUGCAGGUGGAGACGUUAGGAGAAUUUGGCGUGUUCUUUACUCUCUUCCUCGUUGGCUUAGAAUUUUCCCCAGAGAAGCUGAGAAAGCUGCGUUGGGUCUUCGUUGCUGUGCGCGGGCUUUCUCUAGUUGCGGUGUGGAAGAUCUCCCUGCAGGGGCCCUGCUACAUGACUCUGCUCAUGGUGGCCUUCGGCCUGGUCUGGGGCCACCUUCUACAGAUCAGACCCACCCAGAGCGUCUUUAUCUCCACCUGCCUGUCCUUGUCGAGCACACCCCUGGUGUCCAAGUUCCUUGUGGGCAGCACCCGCAGUGACAGGGAAGCAGGCGACGUCGACUACGGCGCGGUGCUGCUGGGGCUGCUGGUGACGCAGGACGUGCAGCUGGGACUGUUCGUCGCCGUCCUGCCCACGCUCAUCCAGGCGGGAGCCGGCGCACACGCCAGGCGUCUCCCUCUCUUUCCCAGCGUCGCCAUGGAGAUCCUGCGGGUCCUGGGCCUGGUCGGGCAGGUCCUCUUCUCGCUUGCUGCGGUUCUCCUCUUCUGUCUUGUCAUGAGGACCUACCUCGUGGGACCGUACUGCCGGAAGCUGCACGCGGAGAGCAAGGGGAACAAGGAGAUCCUCAUCCUGGGAAUCUCCGCUUUCAUCUUCCUCAUGCUGACGGUCACCGAGCUCCUGGACGUGUCCAUGGAGCUGGGCUGCUUCCUGGCCGGAGCCCUGGUGUCCUCCCAGGGUCACGUGGUCGCUGAGGAGGUCGUGUCCUACGUGGAGCCCGUCCGCGACUUCCUGGCCAUCGUGUUCUUCGCGUCCAUAGGCCUCCACGUGUUCCCCACCUUCGUGCUGUACGAGCUCACCGUCCUGCUGGUCCUCACGCUGUCCGUGGUGGUCAUGAAGUUCGUCCUGGCAGCCCUGGUCCUGUCUCUGCUGCUGCCCAAGACCAGCCAGUACGUCAAGUGGAUCGUGGCCGCGGGGCUGGCCCAGGUCAGCGAGUUCUCUCUGGUCCUGGGGAGCCGGGCGCGCAGAGCGCGUGUCAUCUCUCGGGAGGUGUACCUCCUCAUCCUGAGUGUGACCACGCUCAGCCUCCUCCUGGCCCCGCUGCUUUGGCGAGCGGCCAUCGCCAGGUGUGCGCCCCGGCCCGAGAGAAGGUCCAGCCUCUGAGGACCGCGGCCAGGCGACCGGCCGGAGCUGUCACCGCAUUCCCGGACCUCAGAGUCUCCCGGAGCCCGCCUCUGCGUGCAGUGAUUAUGCGCCG